GUCGCGCUUAUCGGAUCGGGCAACUGGGGUUCGGCGAUUGCCACCGAGAUCGGCAUCAACGCGAAGGCCUGCGCAGACUUCGAGGAUGAAGUCCACAUGUGGGUCUUUGAGGAGUACGUCAAGGAGGAGGACGGCAAGCCGCUGACGCAAGUGAUCAACGAGCUCAACGAGAACGUCAUCUACCUGCCGGGCAUCAAGCUGCCCAAAAACAUCAUCGCCAAACCGGACAUCAAGGAGUGCGUGAUGGGUGCGACCAUGAUGGUCUUCGUCAUCCCGCACAACUUUCUC